ACCCUUUUGCUGACACUGGUGAAGAAGACGCAGGACAACCAGCUGGGUAUAUUCAUAUUCGUAUACAACAAAGAAGCGGAAGAAAAACUUUGACAACUGUUCAAGGCCUUCCUAGCGAAUAUGAUCAGAAAAAAUUGUUAAAAGCUUUUAAAAAGGUUUAUAUGAAAACUGAAUUUGCUUGUAAUGGAACAUUGGUCCAAGACGAAGAACUUGGCCAAGUAAUUCAACUUCAAGGGGAUCAACGUCUGAAAGUUCAGAAUUUCCUUGCUGAAGAAGGAAUUGAUAAAAAAAUCAUUAAAAUUCAUGGUUUCUAA